AUGGUAGAAGGCAGGGAUACAACUUAUGUUGGCAGCCUGGUAUCGGAUUUGGAGAAUUUAAACAGAUUCGCCUCGGCAACGCUGGACGGAGAUAAGAAAACAAUGCUGGAAUCCUUUAACAAGUUCUCAUGGGACGACAAGAAGGUGUACGAGCAUUUGCCCAAAUACUGCGACCUUGAAGAUAAGGAUCUAAUUUACGUCGACAAGGUGUUUUCACACCUGUGUCCAAAUUACUCAAAGGUACACAGUCCGACAUUUAAUACCAUGGCUUUGUGGUUUAAAACUAGACUCCACCUGCAACAUCAGCUGUCACCUUUCUCACUGAACGAAAAUUUCUGA